CCUCUCCCCGUCCUCCACUAAACUCACCUCCUCUUUGCCCUACUCAGCAGUCUGCACCGCCGCAUCGCCACCCAGUAUCACCCACCAGCCGUCAACCCAACCCUCCCAUUACGACCUCCUCCAGCGAAGCUUCUCGUCGAUAGCUUCGUUCCUCCUGACUCUGCCGCUCUGCUUUGCCAUCUCUUCCCUUCCUUCUACUUCGCCACUCUAAACAGCUACUUCUCGUUGCGGCGGCAAACUUGGGCGCACUCGCUUCCGCUUAUUAACUACCUAACCGUACAUUAGGCAUUGUUAACAGUGUACAUAUCAGACACUAUGGGCACUUCCGAUCCACCAAUCAAAGUCGACCUAGAAGACGAGCUCGAAGGCGAGCUAGUUGGUACCAAGGAUUACUUCUUUUCCAAGAUAGGCGAGUCCGUACCGUUGAAGCCCGAUGAAGACUCCAACUACGACCCUGAAUCCCUUCCUUCUCAGCCUCUUGCAGUCUCCGAACGCUUCCGUCUCGUUUUCGUCGCUCAUUCUUCGGGGUUCUUUGUUGUAAGGACGAAGGACGUUAUUGAUUCGGCAAACGAAUUUAAAGAGAAGGGGAGUGGUUCUCUUGUACAACAGCUGAGUCUCGUUGAUGUCUCUAUUGGUAGGGUUCACUGUUUGGCUCUUUCCACGGAUAACUCAACUUUGGCAGCUUCGGUCUCCGGCGACAUACGGUUUUACUCUGUACCUAAUUUCUUGAAUAAGGAAGUGAAGCAGUCUUUUUCCUGUUCACUCAAUGAUUCGGCUACCGUCAAGGACAUGCGAUGGAUAACAACAUCAGAAAAUUCAUUUGUUGUGCUUUCAAAUACGGGAGUGCUAUAUUAUGGAGAGGUUAAUUCUCCCCUUAAAUGUGUGAUGGACUCUGUUGAAGCUGUUGAUUGGGGCAUAAAAGGGAACUUUAUUGCUGUGGCAAGGAGGAAUGUUCUAAGUAUUUUAUCGGUUAAGUUUGAAGAAUGGAUUUCAAUUUCGUUAUCUUUCAAAUCCUGGAUUGGUGAUUCUGACCUGAAUUGUAGCAUAAAAGUGGAUUCUGUCAAGUGUGUUCGAUCUGAUUCCAUUAUAAUUGGAUGCUUGCAAUUUACUGAAGAUGGCAAGGAGGAGAAUUAUCUUCUCCAAGUUAUUAGAAGUAGAAAUGGUGAAAUUAGGGCUGGUUGUUCUGAAUUUGUUGUCCAAUCUUUCUCUGAUAUCUACCUAGGACUUAUUGAUGACAUUGUACCAUUUGGAAGUGGACCCUACCUUUUAUUGGUGUACCUAGAACAAUGCGAGCUUGCAAUCCAUGGCAACAAGAAGAAUACGGAUCAGCACAUUAUGUUAGUAGGUUGGUCAGUGGAUGAUUAUAAGAAUGAAGCUGUGCUUGUUGAUAUUGAAAGGGAUAAUUGUGUUCCAAGAAUUGAGCUUCAGGAAAAUGGUGAUGAUAAUUUGCUCUUGGGUCUAUGUAUUGAUAAGGCAUCAAUAUAUCAGAAAGUGGGAGUUGAAAUUGGUGUGGAGGGAAGGAAAGAGCUCUCACCACAUUGUGUUCUCAUAUGUCUUACAUUAGAUGGAAAACUUGUUUUGUUCCAUGUUGCUAGUCUUGCAGGCCGUGAAGUUUCAGCUGAUGUUCCUGCUGUCAUUGAGGGAGAUGCUUCUUUGAAGCUACCUGUGGAGGAUCCUUCCACUGUUGCUCAUGGAUUUCAGAAAGAGGAAUCAGAUCAGGCUUAUGAAGCAAGUGAGAAUCAGAAAUCCAAGGCUAUUGCCAAUUCUAAGCAAGUGGCAAAAACUGAACAUUUUGUUAAGCACCCAGAGGUGGAGUCACUGUCAAAUUUGAAGUCUAAUAUUAAGCAAACAGUUCAAAAUGUAGUUCAUCUGAACCAUGCCACUGAUAGUAAUAGUGCAUCUACCUUUGAGCAACGGGCAAACUUAGAUCAAAAUCCUGCAGCACUUGGAUCAAAUAUUGGCUCUUUUAUGACAAACACUCAUUCUGCUACUCCUGUUUUGUCACAUAAUAACACUUCACAGAAAACUACUGUGAUGUCUAAGGUUCCAUGGAAUACAAACAGUCCAUGGGACUCACAGAGACCUUCUCAUCAUUCACCUAGUGAAACAUCUUCAAUUCCAAAAGGAUCUGACUUCUCCUCAUUUUCAACGUCAAGCCCUAUUGGUGGUGUGGGUUACCAAAGUCAAAUAUAUACUAAGGGCAGUACAAAUGUUCACAGUACCAAAGUUCCUGGAAGCAUCGAUCAAAAACCCUCUCUUGUACAGGACAAUUCUGCCGUUAGGCCUAUUCAAAGUACAGAACAAGUUACUACAAUAAGAUCCGCAAAUACACAACCAGUCUCAGCAUUUUCCUCACAUUUGUCUUUGAAUGGAAAUGCAACAGCUGGCAAGUCUUCUACUCGGAAAUUUCAUCCUUCUAAUGAGCAGCAUGGAACUUCAUCAAUACUUGGGAUCUCAAACUCUGAUUUAUCAAAGCCGUUUAGCAAUAUCAAUGAGAUGACAAAAGAACUGGAUCUGCUGUUGAGGUCGAUAGAAGAGGCUGGUGGAUUUAAAGAUGCUUGCACUAAGUCACUAAAAAGUUCAAUUGAAGCAGUGGAGCAAGGCAUGGAGACCUUAUCUAGAAAUUGCAAAUUUUGGACGUGCCAAAUGGAAGAACAUGUUGAGGAGGUUCAUUAUCUACUUAAUAAAACCAUACAAGUUGUGGCACGAAAAAUAUACAUGGAAGGCAUAUAUAAACAAGCUGCUGAUAGCCGAUAUUGGGACCUCUGGAAUCGCCAAAAGCUGAAUUCAGAACUAGAGCUAAAGCGACAACAUAUUUUGACUCUGAAUCAGGAUUUGACAUAUCAAUUAAUUGAACUGGAGAGGCACUUCAAUGGCCUUGAACUGAACAAGUUCAGUCAAUAUGGUGGCCGUAAUAUAGAUCAUGGAGCUUGUCAAAAUAGAUAUGGACCUCCUAGACACAUUCAGUCAAUGCAUAGUCUACAUAAUGCAAUUAGUUCACAACUUGUAGCUGCUGAGAAUCUCUCUGAAUGUCUUUUUAAACAAAUGACAACAUUGAGUUUAAGCUCUCUACCUAAGGAACAAAAGAAUGUGAGAGAGUUAUUUGAAACAAUAGGAAUUUCGUUUGACAAUUCCUUUGGCUCUCCAGCCAUGAAAGAUGUGAGGACCCCUUUAGCUAAGCAGCUUGUCUCUGGUUCGACUUCUAAGAAAGAUCAAUUUAAAAGAAUUCAAACCAGUGCUAUGAAGAGUUGUGAACCAGAAACGGCUAGGAGGAGGAGAGACUCACUUGACCAGAGUUGGGCCUCCUUUGAACCACCUAAAACCACAAUCAAAAGGAUGCUGUUAAAAGAACCGCAGAAACCAAACCGGAAUGGAUCAUUCUCUUCAUUGAAGAAAGAAAAGAUUCAAACUUCUAUGAUGACAGAAUCUGCUUCUCAAAAAUCAGAUGUGGGAACACCUUCAAUUGCUUUCCCUGCAACUAAAAUGAAAGCAGGAAUUCUGGAUUCCCCCGUUGAACUCAAACAGGGUUCAGAGCAGGCAUUUAAAUGGACUGGUAGCCUCCAAGCACCCACACAAGUUUCAGAGUCCAAACCCCGUGUUUUACAAAAUAUCACUUCAGCAGUUCCCUCUUGGCCUGUAUCACAAUCGCCAGCUGCAAUGAUGCCUGGUAGUUACACAGAAACCAAAAAUGUUGCUUCCGAAAAAUCGGAUGUUCCAAGAGUUAAUUUAUUCUCCAACAGUGAUAAUACAUCAAUACUGAAUUCGAAAACACCUCAAAAAUCCUCUAUUCUUUCCUUUUCUAACACAGAAAAACCUUCAUUCCUAAUUAAAUCUACUGAAAUGCCAAGUACAAUGAGUAAAAUAACAAUGGCUACUAGUGCUACAAUGGGAAACAAACUUUCAAGUGCAUUUACUUCUGAAUCCUGGAAAAAAGACGACUCUUCAUCCUUGGAGUCACAUUCAUCUGCUAUAUCAGCACCAUCAACCUUCCUUGGAAAGAUUACUGAGUUCAAUUUUACUAAAAGCCGACCCAAUGAAAAUAUUUCUGAACUGCCUACAUCUGGUUCAUGUGAAUCUCCGUCACCUCCAAUUAUUAAACCAUUAUCAGCUUCGCUAUUGUCAUCUUCCAUCUCAUCUGCAGCAGUGUCUCCAGCUCCAGUGUCAGUGCCAUUAAGCAGACUUUUGGCUAGUUCAGACACCAGCAUAAACUCUAAUAGCACUAUGUCAACUACUUCAGCAAGAGCUUCUGUCUUAUCUGAUCAGGGCCUUAAACAUGCAGUGUUCUCUUCAACUACUACGUCUGGCUUGAAUUCAACCUCAGAGUCACUUAAGUCAGAGAUUCGGCCAGCUUCUGUGUCUAAUUUAAAUACAGAUUUAGAUGCUGCUGCAGAGAUGACCCCUCAGCUGAGUGAACCUCAAACACGUGAGUCUGAAUUGAAGGAUGGACCUUCUGGAAAUCUCACUCCUACUGGUGAGGAGUCUUCGGGAAAUGUUGCAAGUUCUGGACCCAAUGUAGUCCCAGUUUCUCUACCAGAGCAGCCAUCAUCCAAUGGAUCUAUGCAGCUUUCGACUUCUUUCCUUACAUCUGCUAAUGUUCCGAGUAGCAAAAAUGGGGGUAUGGAUUCUGGUCUUUCAUAUGAGGAUGAGAUGGAUGAAGAAGCUCCUGAGACUGGUAACACGACUGAACUGAAUUUUGGGAGCCUCGGUGGGUUUGGGACUAGUCCAAUCCCUAAUUCAUCUGUGCCCAAACAAAACCCAUUUGGAGGUUCCUUUGGUAAUGUAGCAACAAGUUUGCCAAGCUCGUCAUUUACAUUCUCACCUCCUAGCGGGGAGUUGUUUCGACCUGCAUCCUUUACAUUCCCAAGUUCUCAGUCAUCUACAUCCGCCCAGUCGACAAACACAGGUGCAUUCUCUGGUGGCUUUGGUGCUGGGGGAACUGGUCCAACACCAACUCCAAGUGCGUUUGGGCAGCCAGCACAAAUUGGAUCUGGCCAACAGGUUCUUGGAUCAGUCCUUGGUACUUUCGGACAAUCAAGACAGCUUGGUGGUGCUUUGCCUGGAAGUGGCUUUGCAGCUCCCGGUGGUUUUGGCGGAUUUGCUGGAAGUAAUUCCAAUAGUGGUUUUCCAACUGCUGCCACCGGUGGAGGGUUUGCUGGUAGAGCAUCGGCUGCUGGAGGUUUUGCUGGCAUAACAUCAACAGGUGCAGGAUUUGGUGGCAUAGCAGCGUCAAGUGGAGGCUUUGCUGGUGUUGCUUCCACAGGUGGUGGAUUCUCUGGACUCACUUCUCCUGUUGGUGGAUUUGCUGGUGCUGCUUCCUCUGGUGGCGGCUUUGGUGCUGCCUCAUCAACUGGUGGAUUUGCAGGAGCUGCUCCAGGAACUGGGGGUUUUGGGGCAUUCAGCAACCAAGGAAGGGGUGGGUUUUCUCCUUUUGGUGCAGUCGGAGGCAGUAAACCACCAGAGCUGUUCACACAGAUGAGAAAGUAGUAUUAAACCGUUGAAAAAUUUAGGCGCAGAUGAGCAGAAAGUAGGAUUUUAUGUUUUUAACUGUCCAGUUCUCAUGUAUUUAUAUAAGAACAAUGGAAUAGCAGGGUUUGAAUGUGUUUUCCUAGCUGCAUAAAAUAUUCCCUUUGAAGUAAAUAAAUUACUGAAAUAAUAUUACAAAAUUCAUAUA